AUGCCCCCUGACAGCCAGGCCCCCAGUGCAGCCAGCAAAGCCCCCCAAGCCCCCCCACCCCGGAUCCCACCCCAGCCACCAAAGCCCAAGACCAAGAAACCGCCUGAGCAAGACCCAUCCCACGGAGACCACGACCCCCCAUCCACCCAGCAGCCACCAGCCGCCCACUGCCAACACCCGCGCCCCACCGCAACCAUCCACCCCCACAACAGGCCACAGGACCCCGGGCUCCACAGGCCCAUAGCAGGACCAGGGGACCACGGCAGAACCGGCAAGGGUGUGACACGUGAGGACCAACUCCAAGCAGCAGGUGGAGGGAGAGGUGUGGCAAGGGGAGGAGGCCACCCACACCAGCCCCACCGGGCCCCCAGCCCAACCGCAGUUCCAGCGGAGGUGCCAUGGAAACCACGGGACGGGGGAGGCGGUCAGCCCCGGAGGAGCACCAGAGGCCAGGGAGGAGCAAACCAACAGGGGGGACAGGGGGCCAGGGCACCGCAGAUGGACGGGCCACCCCACACGGAGGUUCCCGAACAAGGGAAGGUGCAGGAUGAGACCCCGGCACAGCAGGGGCAGCCGAGGAGCAGAGGGGAGACAGGAGGGCCCCACAAACCCAGACAGAGAGGCCCGGGCACGGAGGGCCAUGCAGUCCCGAGCCCCAGGGAGAAGCACCACCCCCCGCCCAGGCACUGGACCCCAAGCCACCAACGGUAG